UGUCGUAUCAGUAUAUGUUUGAAUGUGCGUAUGUACACAAUUAAAAGUCAACAUCAGUAACAGCUGUAAUAAGAGUAUAUCGUAAAUAAUGAUUACCUCUACUGAAGAUGCUCAAAAUGAGGAUAGAAUACAAAGACGCGUAAAUAAAAUACUUGAAACAAGGUUGGAAACCGAUAAAGAUACAUUGGAUGCUUUGAGCAAUCUCUCUAAUUUCUUCGUUGAAAACACUUUACAAAAUAGGCGAAAUCUUCGCAGUGAAAUCGAACGUCGCACCGUUGGUAUAAAUGAAAGUUUUCUCCAAGCUUUUCGAGAAGUAAAAAAUACCCUUGACACAGUAUGCGAAGACUUAGACGCUAUGGCUAAAUCAGUACAGACUAUGAAAUGCAAUUUGGAAUCUUCUAAAGCGUUAACACAUGACUUGAUUAGUCAAACCAAUUCGUUGCAAACUGAACGCGAACAUCUACAAGUGGACCAACAAAUAGCAGAAGCUUUUCUAGCGCGCUUCCAACUAACUGUGCCAGAACAUCAAAUCUUAUAUGGCACCACAAAAGAUGCACAAAUCGUUCCUGAAUUUUUCACUGUCCUCAACCGCGUACAAAGCAUUCAUGCCGAUUGCCGCGUUCUAAUGCAAUGUGGUUAUCAAACAGCUGCUUUAGAAAUUAUGGAAGAGAUGACAUUACAUCAAGAGGGCGCUUUUGAACGACUAUAUCGAUGGACACAGAAUCACUGCCGAAACUUGGAAAAUAAUGAAAUCGGCUCAUUAGUCGUUGAGGCUAUGAGCAGACUUCAAGAUCGACCAGUUCUUUUCAAAUAUGUAGUUGAUGAAUACGCUAUUGUUCGGCGGGCUGUGCUGGUUCGACUAUUUAUCGAAGCUUUGACCGAAGGUGGCGCAAAUGGCAGUUUAAAGCCUAUUGAAUUACAUGCCCAUGAUCCAAAACGUUAUAUAGGCGACAUGUUUGCCUGGUUGCAUCAGGCGAUACCGAACGAGAAAGAAAAUUUAUCGCUGCUGCUAAAAAAGUGUGAUAAAAAUGAUUUAUCGGAGCAAACGCAGACCGCACUAGCCUACAUAGCCGAUGGUGUAUGCCACCCUUUAAAGGUUCGUGUAGAAACAAUACUGACAUCAGAAAAGGACACCAUUGUUUUGUUUGCGAUUUCCAACCUGCUACGAUUUUACCAGCAAAUUAUCAAACAGGUCGUUAAAGGUGGAACACUCGAACAAACGCUAAUUGAUUUGCAAAAGUCUAGUGAAGAGAUAUAUUUGAAUUCGCUCUCCAAUCAAGUUCGUAGCAUCUUACAAAGACCAGCUAGCGCCAGCUUGGGCAUUGAACCACCGCAGCGAGAUUUGAUACCACCAAUGAGUGUCGGCCGGCUACUAAAUAUGCUCAAAGAAAUACUAUCGGUAGCUACCAUGGUUGACGGUCGGCAAACUGAUAUUACGAAGAUCGUAUCCUGCGUGAUCGAUCCUUUGUUGCAAUCCGUGCAAGAAUCUGCCUCACACUUACCCACAAUUGACAUGGCUGUAUACCUAUUAAAUUGCCUCUAUCACAUGCAAAGUUCCCUCGCAGUUUAUGAAUACAUGGACGAGCGUGUAGAGCGCCUGCAGGCACAAUCAGAUGCUCAAAUUGACACACUAAUUUCGGAACAAGCAUCAUCCCUGGUAGCCAAUUUAAAUCUGGGACCCAUCUACACCAUACUACAGAAUAACCAAACUAAGAUUGAGGCAAAUCUUUUGAAAAUAUUCAUGAACAAAAUGGAUGCUUUCUUGGAAAUGCCAGAGAUGCUGCUUCUGCCGCAAGUGCAGUUGCUAAUGUCCAGCGCGCAUCGCAAUACAGUACGCAAGCGAGCUUUCAAUGUAAUCGUUGCCAUAUACAAGCAAAUCUACGAUCGCGUUCAUGAUCCAGCCAAUGGGUUUGAGAACCCAGAUUCUGUUUUUAGUAAAACUCCGGAUCAGGUUGGUAAGAUAUUGGCUGUUUAGUGUAUUUCUACAGUACCGUAUAAUAAUUAAAUAUAUUUAAUGCUUAAACAAUAUUAAUUAUAAAAAACUAGGUAAUACUUUUGAAUUCAGAGUUUUACUGAAUACAACGGCUUAA